AUGGAAAAUUCAGAUAUGUAUAGGCACAUACAGGAGAAACUGCACAUUCCAGAAGAUAAAGCAUGCAUCAUUUUGGAAGGGGAAGGCAGAGAAGUUACUACAAUUACGUACAGUGAUCACCAACAAACAGAUACAACUGCAACCUUUUCUUCCUUUCCCAACAAUAUUGUUGCAUCUGGAAUCAGCUUCCAGAACUCGCUUUAUCUCUCAGAUCAAUCAGAAUUGGAGCGAAACAUAAAUGUAAAACCAGCAUUGGCUGCAAUAAUAUAUGGCGACAAAUCAGCAUUUUUGGAUUGUGGCUUCUUGGGUUUUCAAGAUGCACUUUGA